CCCAAUAAAAAGCUUAGCCAAAUAUGGGCGAAUCAUAGUGUUAUUGGGUGGGAAGUGAGGGCAGUGAGACGGCUGCAAUUGAAGAACCCGAAAACGAAAACAAACAAAGCUGACGGUGACACACUUUCUGUUACUCCGUAAAUCUUCUCAGCAAAAUUUCAAGUUUAAUUUUCAAUUGGGUUCUGUAAUUCAGAAUUUAACAUAAAAAAAAAAAAGAAAAAAAAAAGUAGAAAUCAAUCCAAUAUUUAGCGGAUAAUCAUGUACAGAUUAAAAUCUUGCACGCAGUUGAAAAAUAAGGGCGCCCGGUAUGCUCUUUUUAAUUGGCUCAUCUCUUUUAAUCGAUCAAGAUCUGUCCAUUCCCUACCGUUUGCCACAGUGAAAACUGAGGAACUAUCAGGUUCUCAACCAACUGAAGUACAAAAUUUGGUGCAGGGAAAAUGGACGAGUUCUUCUAAUUGGAAUAUAAUUGUGGAUCCUUUAAAUGGGGAACCAUUCAUCAAAGUGGCAGAAGUAGAUGAAACAGGGUUACAGCCAUUUGUAGAGAGCUUGUCGAAGUGCCCUAAACAUGGUUUACAUAAUCCAUUCAAAGCACCAGAGAGGUACCUCAUGUUUGGAGACAUAUCAGCUAAGGCGGCUUACCAGCUUUCUCUGCCUGAGGUUUCUGAUUUUUUUUCAAAGUUGAUACAAAGAGUGGCUCCAAAGAGUUACCAGCAGGCUCUUGGAGAAGUUUAUGUCACUCAGAAAUUUCUCGAAAAUUUCUGUGGUGAUCAGGUUCGAUUUCUGGCCAGGUCGUUUGCAGUACCUGGUAAUCAUUUGGGACAGCAGAGCCAUGGUUUUCGCUGGCCUUAUGGCCCUGUGGCAAUAAUUACUCCUUUCAAUUUUCCUUUGGAGAUUCCCUUGCUUCAGCUGAUGGGUGCACUUUAUAUGGGGAACAAGCCAGUUGUUAAAGUUGAUAGCAAGGUCUGCAUUGUUAUGGAACAAAUGAUUCGGCUACUCCAUGAUUGUGGGUUGCCCAUGGAGGAUGUUGAUUUCAUAAAUUCUGAUGGAAAUACCAUGAACAAACUUCUUAAAGAGGUUGGAUACUAGAUAGUUAAGACAAGUUAAUGUAUA